AUGCGUGAAUGCGCCUCAUGCAGCCGCGACUUGCCUCGCUCGUCGUACACCGCCAAUCAAUACGCGAAAGGCGAAGGAAUCUCGCGAUGUGCAGCUUGUGUCCAUGGGCACAGAUCUGAUACUCCGCGAGCGACACAGUCGGCCAGCGGUCGAUACAAUGAUUCUUCAAGGUGCAUAGUGCCACGGGAUGAGCUGGACUAUCCAUUUAGCGAAGGAUCCUUCCGCUACGUCGCCAAAGGGAGAUAUGCAUCUGGUCCGCGUCGAGGCCAGGCAAGUGUCGUCAAAUGGUUCAAAACAGGUGUUGUCUUCGAGUCGGACUACUUCACCCUUGAUAUCAAGGCGGUAGACAAGGCGCUCGAGAUUGUAGAUCGUUUCAACGACCUAAAUAUUAUCAACAAAAACAUCAAGAUCAAUGUGCCUGCGGUAUGGACAUUUGAUGAUGAAGCCGGCGAGUGGGCGGGCACGAAGACCUUGUGUGAGCCGUUCAUCAACAAUUAUAUCAAGUUCAACAGCAACAGUGGCUGGUUCAAUGAUGCGGGAUCAUGGGGCGAGGUGAUGCAAGCACUCAGUCACUUCAGCUACCACGUGUCCGGAGGCUUCUUCGUCCUUUGUGACCUUCAGGGGGGCAUAUAUCAAGAUGAGAUUGUCCUUUCCGACCCAGUCAUUCUAUCACGGAGACGCGAGUAUGGUGUGACGGAUCUUGGCCCUGCGGGUAUCAGCUCUUUCUUUUCCCAGCAUGAGUGUAACAAUUACUGCCGACCGAACUGGACGCAACCGGCCAACCCCGAGCAGUAUUUCGAGCCUCUUGCGGGGACCACGAUGAUACGGCGCUCAGUAUCCACGGCGCUGAGUCGACCCAAUAACACUCGAGGUUUAUACUACUAG